AGCCCAUCUUCCUAGCUCCUUCUCCAUUUGGGUCUUUCUCUUUCUCUCUCUAUGUUCACCUUUCUCUUUCUAUAUAUUUCUAUCUCCGCCCCUUUCAAUUGUGUGUGUGUAUGUAUGACGAAUUCUUAAGAAAGACAAGAAAGACUGAGUCAGAAACAAAAACAAAAGAAAAAGAUAAGGUAAGAGAAAGAAGAAGAAGAUGGGGAUUUUAAUUUGGACCAUUGAUUUCCCUUCUUCUCUCUUCUUUGUUCCUCCUCCAGCAGCAGCUUUAAGGUAUUCUUCAAAAAUCACUUCAGAUUUGGUACUUUUCUUGGGUUUUGGCUUCAUAGAUUGGUAAUAUCCUAUAUUUACACUUUUAUUAUUUAAAAAAGAAACAAAAAGAUUAUCUUUUUUAUACUAUACUAGUGGAUAAAGAUUCAAUUUUUAUAUUGUUUGUGUUGGAAAAGCCUAUGCACUUUUACAGGGUUGAUCUUCUUGGAUUUUGGAUUUUGGCUUUUGUCAUCUCUGUAUGUAUAAAUAGGGAUUUUUUGUUCCUAAAGUUUCAUUGUUUUGUUGCAUAAUAAUUUGGGGUUGUGUCAGGUUUCCCUUUUUUGUAUUUGCUGAUUUUACCAAUCUGGGGUUUUGUUUGUUUCUCUGGUGGAAUAAGUUUUAAGGUUUUGUGAUAUAGAGAACUAUAGUAUAGUUGUUGUGUUUGUAAAGAUUUAAGUCUUUUUGUUCAAGUUGUUGUUCUGGUUUGUUAGUUUUGAAAGUUGUCAUUAGUAAUUGUUGUUCACUCCCAAGAAAAGGAAUUGUGAGAUAGAAGAUACUUUUUGGUACUGUACUACUGUCGAUGGAGAAUCAUCAUCCUUCGACCCGUUUGUCCAUGGAUUCGAGUGCAUCUUCAUCACAUGAUGAAUUAGACCUCGAGAUGAAUAGACAAGUAGUCAUAACUUGUCCACCUGAUAUUAAUUUGCCUUUAUCAGCUGAGCGUAGUCCUCCUCCGCAGCCAUGGAACUCGGAACAUUGUGAUAUUCUUGAUGUUGGGCUUGGAACACAGGUAUAUGAAACUGAAAGUUGUAUUAGUGUACCAAAAGUUGGAAGGAAAUGUGCAAAACGUUUGGAUAGUAUUUGGGGUGCUUGGGUUUUCUUUAGCUUUUAUUUUAGGCCUGUGUUAAAUGAGAAAUCCAAGGCGAAGAUGGUACGGGAUAGUAAUGGAUAUUCCGGGUUUGAUAAAUCUGAUCUCCAGCUUGAUGUAUUCAUGGUUCAGCAUGACAUGGAGAACCUGUAUAUGUGGAUUUUCAAGGAAAGGCCUGAGAAUGCACUGGGUAAGAUGCAGCUCCGGAGUUACAUGAAUGGGCAUUCUCGUCAAGGGGAGCGUCCGUUUCCCUUUAGUGUUGACAAGGGUUUCGUACGAUCUCAUAGAAUGCAGAGGAAGCACUACAGGGGUCUAUCAAAUCCUCAGUGUAUUCAUGGUAUUGAAGUCGUUCCAUCUCCCAGUCUCAUGGUUCUUGAUGAAGAGGAGCGUAAAAGAUGGAUGGAACUCACUGGUAGGGAACUCAACUUUAGUAUCCCACUCGAAGCAAGCGAUUACAGUUCAUGGAGAAACCUCCCCAACACUGAAUUUGAGCUUGAGAGACCACUCCCACCAAUUAAGAGUAGUCCACAUUCCAAUCCAAAGAAACUGGCUAAUGGAUCAGGGCUUAAUUUGUUAACUCAGCCAUCCAGUCACAGCAACGGGGACGCAAUGGAUCUACUACCUGCCAAUGGCAAAAGGAAAAAGGAUUUCUUCCCUCACGGAAAUGAAGAUGAGUGUUACCUGCAAGUAAAUCCUCCUUCCUAUCAAACUCCGGAUCUUGAAAUUCACGCAACUGAACCGCAUUGGUUACAUGACUUUAGUGGGGUGUUGAGAGAUGCCUACGGGCCUGUAACAGCUGCAAAAAGCAUAUAUGAAGAUGAACAAGGUUACUUGAUCUUACUCAGUUUGCCAUUUGUAGAUCUUCAAAGGGUGAAAGUUUCCUGGCGAAACACGCUCACACACGGUAUAAUAAAGGUGUCUUGUUUAAGCACAUCUCGGAUGCCAUUCAUUAACAGACAAAACAGAACUUUCAAGCUUGACGAUUCAUCCUCAGAACAUUGCCCUCCGGGGGAGUUUGUCAGAGAAAUUCCUCUGUCAACCAGAAUACCUGAAGAUGCCAAAAUUGAAGCAUACUACGACGAAUCAGGAACUGUGCUCGAGAUGUUGGUACCAAAACUUUGCGAAGGACCUGAAGAACAUGAAGUUCGUGUUUGCCUCCGUCCUCACCUUGGGGGAAAUGACCUCAUGUUGACCUAAGUGGAAGACGUUAGGGAGCAUGCUUCAUUAUGCACCAACUUAGUUUUCAUAUGAUGUAGUUUUAUGCAACUGUAUGAUGUAUAUUCCGCUAGAUGUUGUUGGUAGGUUGUUGCAACACUAGUUGCUAUGAAAUUUGAUAUCCUUUUUUAGUA